AUGAGGCCCAUUGUACGCAACAAUGACUUAAUGACUCAUAGACUCAGACUCCGAACCUUCUCAGGUAGAACUCCCCGUCCAUCUAAUGAGGUUAAUUAUGAUACCUGGCGUGCAAGUGUAGAGCUCCUCUUACAAGACCCAGCUGUGUCUGAUCUGCAAAGAGUGAGGAGGAUAUGUGACAGUCUUUACUCACCAGCCUCUGACAUCAUCAAGUCAGUCAAUCCAGGUUCUCCACCAACAGACUAUGUGAAAUUGCUAGAUUCCGCCUUCUCCACUAUGGAGGAUGGAGAUGAGCUAUUUGCAAAGUUCAUGAGCAUCUUCCAGAACACUGGUGAAAAGCCGUCAGAAUACAUACAGCGACUUCAAGUGGCAUUGAACCUCACCAUGAAACGUGGCGGAGUGCAACCUCCUGAUGUGAACAAGCAUCGCUUGAAGCAAUUCUGCAGGGGAUGCUGGGACGAUACAUUAAUCACAGAACUGCAAUUAGAACAGAAAAAACAAGACCCACCGUCAUUCACAGAGCUGUUGGCACUGUUACGCACUAAAGAGAACAAGACUGAUUCUAAAGCCACACGAAUGAAACAACACCUAGGCGUUGUCAAGCAACAUGCUGCUGUUAAGUCCCAGAUAUCAUACUCUUGCAAAGAAGAAGAUGUUAGCCAGCUUAGUUCAGUAACUGCUAAACUGACUAAACAAGUUGCAGAACUUCAAAGCCAGCUUGCCACUCUAGCUGAGGAAAAGCAUACAUCCAGAGCAAAGCCCAGCUCUUUCAAGCCACAAAAAGAGAAAAAUGACACAAAAGCUGAGGCAGAAUCCAAACUUAAAGUCACAAACAAGCAGCACACUGUCAAGCCUAGACCAUGGUACUGCUUUAAAUGCGGCGAAGAUGGACAUAUCGCAACAUCUUGCAGUAAUGACCCCGAUCCUACAUUAGUGGCUGACAAGAGAAAACAGUUGCAGAAGAGGCAGCGUGAAUGGGAGUCUCAGAAUGUUUCCAGCGAUUUAAACUGA